AAGCUUCUGAUCGCAGCAGCAGCACGCCUCUCCUUCCGCUCCAUUCAGGAACCUCAGAUUGUUUCAUGUGGCUGCAAUGAAUCAGUAAUGAAAGCUUGACCAGUGCCAAUCAUCUUUGGUUUCAUCUGCCAUGGAAUUGAAGUUAUAGAAAUUGGAAUUAGCAUCCUUCGAUGUAAGCAAUUCUGUUGGUCCAUUGUAUGUCCAGUCGUGCGGAUGGUCAUAUGCUGCUUCUGUUUCUUCUGACAUGCCAAAUGCCCCAAAAGGCCGGAAGAAGAUUCGUCAAUGUGAACGUAGAGCGAUGGUUGAGUCUUACGUGAACAAAUAUAGAACAAUAAAUGCAGGGAAGUUCCCGACAACAAAGGAUGUUCAAAGACAAGUUGGUGGUGGUUUUUAUUUUGUACGGGAAAUCAUACAGGAACUGGAAUACAAAUCUAGAACGAAUUCUUCCAAAGAAAUGGAUGAGAAUCUGUUGGAACAGAAGAAAUUCAAUGAGAGUAAACUCCAAAUCACUGUAGCCCGGAAGGUUUCAUCAGAUAAUACUGGGAGUGCAAAAGAAAGGACAGCCCAAGAUGAUUCUCAGUCAAUAGGUUUAGAUGAACAAGAGAUUAUUAAUGCUGGUUGUGAUCAUCUUAAAGUAAAUAGACAGUCACGGACGUCAUAUGAAGCUGAAAUUAUCUAUGCACCAGAUGCACCAACAAACCAGCUGCUACAAGAGAGACGAAAAAGUCCUUCUAGUCCUUCAAGUGAUAACAAUGGUAAUGUGUAUGACAAAGCUGAAGGCCAUGUAUCUGAAUUUGUUGAAACGGAAAAUCAUCAAGUAGUGGAGGAACGAUGCAUUGGGAAAGAAGGUUAUGAGAAAAGGGGGAAAGCUCCCUCGGGAGACAUUUAUGGAGAGACUUCCCAUUCAACCCUCCAGGUACCAAAAGAUGUAAGGUCUGGGAAUGAUAUGCCUAGUUAUUCUUCUGCUUCUGUUACACCAGAGAGGCACCAGCUAAAUGAAGAAACAGAAGAUGUUUCUGCUUCAUCUGUUAAAAAAUCUAGCAGUAGUCACAGCAAAGCUCGGAGCCAUGAUUCUGAGUUUGUUGAUAUGGAAAAGCAUCCAAUCCUUGAAGAGAAAAGCUUUAGGAAAGCUGGUUAUGAAGCAAAAGAGCAAAGUGCUGUAAAAGAUGACCUUGGCAUUCCAAAUCAUAAAUUGGAGCAAUCUCAAGGGUCUUCAGAAUUUAAUGAGUCGAAAAUCAACUCUGAUAAUCGGGAGACCAGUGGUGUAUUGGCUUCAAAGAAGCCAACUUUGUGGGGAAACCUGAAGUCUCUUGCAAAUGGCAUAAUAAAUAUCUGGAAAAAAUUCUGAGGUAAAAUUGUGCAACUUGCAUGAACUUAAAUAUUUUUGUACACCUAUGACAGUAUGUUUAGGGUUAUAAGAUGCAUGGCCCAUUUUGAUCAAUGAUUAUCCAGCACUUGCAAAUUCUA